CCGCCGGAGCCGCCCGUACCGCGAGUGCACACACCUUUACAAACACUGACACUCCGACCUUCAAUCCGUGCGAACGAGACGUCUAUAUCAGGUGGUGUUCGUAGGAUGUGAAGAGGAGCUCACGCAGACAGCACAUGUGCCGCGAGCACGGGCGAUGGCGUCCCGAAGAUAGUGUCAGGUGGUGAGUGAGGCAGGAGGUGUAGCAGCGGUAUGCGCGUGGUGUUGGCGGCGCUGACGGCGCUGGCGGCGCGUGCGCUGGCCGGCCCGCACGAGCACCGAGCCAGGCACCACGCGCCCGAACACCCCCUCCACUUCCCCGCGGUACCUGCGCCAGCACAGCCCUACCGUGGUCACGGCGAGGCCGUCCGCUACAACCCCGAGCUCGACACCAUCCUCCCGCGGAUUCAGGAUCACGAGACAUCGUCUAAGCGCGCCAGUGACGCGGAAACCUCAUCCAAGAGAGCCAAGUAUGACGAGAGGUUCUACUCAAACCAUGAGCGGGCCGAAGAACUCAUGGCUGAUGAACCCGUUUUGGAGCAGGAGGAAGAAGAUCCCCUGGUCGUUCGCACCAGAAAAGGACGGGUAAGGGGAAUAACACUGACUGCUGCCACUGGAAAGAAAGUCGACGCGUGGUUCGGCAUACCGUAUGCCCAGAAACCCGUCGGUGACCUAAGGUUCAGGCACCCUAGGCCUGCUGAAAGUUGGGGCGAGGAAAUACUGAAUACGACAACACUGCCACAUUCAUGCGUCCAAAUAAUAGAUACGGUGUUCGGUGAUUUCCCCGGCGCCAUGAUGUGGAAUCCCAACACGGACAUGCAGGAAGACUGCCUUUAUAUUAAUAUAGUCACUCCGCGUCCGCGGCCGAAGAACGCAGCCGUAAUGCUUUGGGUCUUCGGCGGCGGCUUUUAUUCGGGGACAGCUACUUUAGAUGUUUAUGAUCCUAAAAUUCUUGUGUCUGAAGAAAAAAUUGUCUACGUGUCAAUGCAAUAUCGAGUUGCAUCACUCGGAUUUUUAUUCUUUGACACCCCCGAUGUUCCUGGAAAUGCUGGUUUAUUCGAUCAGUUGAUGGCAUUGCAAUGGGUGAAAGAUAAUAUUGGAUACUUUGGAGGUAACCCUCAUAACAUAACAUUGUUUGGAGAAUCGGCUGGUGCCGUUUCUGUAUCGCUUCAUUUGUUAUCUCCAUUAUCAAGAAAUCUGUUUUCUCAGGCGAUAAUGCAAUCUGGGGCUGCAACCGCACCUUGGGCUAUAAUAUCUAGAGAGGAAAGUAUCUUGCGUGGGAUAAGAUUAGCCGAGGCUGUUCACUGCCCUCAUUCUAGAACGGACAUGGGUCCUAUGAUAGAAUGUCUGAGGAAGAAGAGUGCUGACGAACUAGUUAAUAAUGAGUGGGGAACUUUAGGUAUAUGUGAGUUUCCUUUCGUACCAAUCAUCGACGGUUCUUUCUUAGACGAAAUGCCUAUAAGAUCCUUAGCACAUCAGAAUUUUAAGAAGACAAAUAUAUUAAUGGGAUCGAAUACAGAAGAAGGCUACUACUUUAUACUAUACUAUUUGACAGAACUCUUUCCGAAAGAAGAGAAUGUAGGAAUAACGAGAGAACAAUAUCUUCAGGCUGUCAGGGAACUAAAUCCUUAUGUCAAUGACGUGGCUAGGCAGGCAAUAGUCUUUGAAUAUACAGACUGGUUAAAUCCCGAGGAUCCUGUCAAGAAUCGAAAUGCGUUAGAUAAAAUGGUAGGGGAUUAUCACUUUACUUGUGGAGUAAACGAAUUUGCUCAUAGAUAUGCUGAGACCGGAAACAAUGUAUACACGUAUUACUACAAGCACCGAAGUAAGAAUAAUCCGUGGCCGUCUUGGACAGGAGUGAUGCACGCUGACGAAAUCAACUAUGUGUUUGGAGAACCUUUGAAUCCAGGGAAGAAUUACUCUCCCGAGGAAAUUGAGUUCAGCAGGCGCUUGAUGAGAUAUUGGGCUAAUUUCGCGAGAUCAGGGAACCCCUCACAGAAUCCUAAAGGAGAGAUGACGAAAAUCCACUGGCCGGUACACACGGCGUUUGGAAGAGAGUACUUGUCAUUAGCAGUGAACUCCAGUGCAGUGGGUCACGGACUACGGGUGAAGCAAUGCGCAUUCUGGCAGAAGUAUCUUCCUCAGUUGAUGGCUGCUACCAGUAAACCCGAGCCUCCCAGGAACUGCACCAGCGCAGCGUCAUCUGUCUGGCUGUCGCGAGAGUCUUUGAGUCUCAGCGUCAUUACCAUUGCUGGCUUUCUACAUACCGUGUUGUUCAAAUACAUCAUAUAAAUCUUAUAUAACGUAUAGCAAACUUUCUAUUUAUGUUUCUCAUUGGUUUUCUACUAGUAAACGUUAGUUUGUCUUGAAUUCAUCUUUUGUAUAAUGAUUAAAUUGCAAUGUGCUUUUAUUCGUAGAAUGUGUUUCGUGUAUCGUUUGUAUAUGUUGCCGUAAUAUGAAUAUCUAGGGAUAUUUUCUUAAUUAUUUUUAUAGUGUAAUAAAUUAAGUAUAUGUUUAAUUGUAAGCCAACUCAAGUGUUAUAUUGCGCUAAGUCCAUACGUCUAGAUAUAUUGCUGUUAAGUUCCAAUAAAAUGUGUAAGCGUUAAAACAUAUUGUUUGUGAAAAAUAGUAUUUAAAUGGGAGUGAUUUCUCCACCAACAUAUCACUUGUUAAUAACAAAUUAUACAUAGAAAUACCGUAGUCGUAAUUUUGUCUUAGCGGAUAAGUCCCUACAUAUCUCUUGGAAUGUAGGAUUAAUAUUUCAGCGAGGAGGAAGUCUUGUCUUCUAUAGUUAUAUGUAAUGAAGCAGAAGAUUCUCAAUGUAACGUAAUGUCAAAAAAAAUUGACGAAGAUGUAGAGAAUGUAAGGCCCAGUGGUCACUAGGCAACUGAUGUACAACAUACGACUGUUGACAUGCGCAAUGAUGACAAACAUGUUGCGCAUCCGCAUUGUCUAGUGUACACAGGGUUAAUUGGAUAACUGUUAGCUUUAACGCGCCUAAUACAUAUCACGCAAGGCAUAGAAUUGUUUAAGUUCAUUCUAGCCUUAGAAAUGUAAGAAUAAUAUUAUAAGCUAGUUCAUUUCGCAACUUUGUAGAGGACCAAUAUUAGAAAGUUGUACGUGUAUUAAUGGUUUGAUGAUUCUGAUGAUCGAUGACGGGAGUUGAACGAUAUGACAGCUGUUUCUGAUGUCCUUUAAUCAGAAGCAUAUAUACAGUUCCCAAAGCACUAGAAAAGUCUUAUCGGGAGUUUAUAAAUUACGGUGCAGAAACAUAUUGGCGAGAAGGAAAGAGAUAGCGGAUAGCAUGAUGAUCACUGCCUAUAUUGGAAUAAUUUUAAUUGAAGGUAACAAACAUAAUAACUAUGAAAACUGUGGUGUAUCUAUUUUAUAUUUCUCUCUACCUAAGAUCGCAUAUUUUAUCUAGCGGAUUGUGCAUACAGCGUUGUAUGCCGCAGAUGUUUCAAAUUACGCAAUAGGAGCCUUUACAUUCACAGCUGUUCAAAAUACCUACUCAAGUCCUUUGGACCCGGUAUUACGGUCUGUGGAUCUUAAUACAUUAUAAUAUAUUAGCAGAACAUGAAUUUAAGCUGGGUUUUGUGAUCUUUCAAAAUGAAAAACGACAAAAAAAAUAUCGACUAAAGAGACGUAUCCACUAAAUCGAAAUGUAUUAGAACUGGGAUAACAGGAGUGGAUUUGUAAAGUGUUUAGUAUACUGAAUGUUUUAGGACAUACAUAUAUACCUUAUUUAGGGUCAAACACAUCUAGAUUAGGGAACUUAGUGUCCAGCAGUUCAGCUUUCGAAUAUUGGUGUAAAACAAUUUAGUAAACAAAUUAUAUAUACAUAUACAUAGGAUCUUUGAUUCGAUAAGUAAAAUAUUAGUAUAUUUGGCCUGGUUACAUUAGGGCGGGCCAACAGAUUGCCGUUGACUCUGCUUGAUUAUAUUGGGCAGCCAAGUCUCAUCUUUGGCUAGAUCUUAUCAAUUCAAUAUAGAGUAGUUUAAGAUUUAGUCGUAUUACAAAGAUUUGGAUAAAUGAUAUCCAACCCGAUAAAAUAAUUAUUUACCGAUCAAUGAAUCUGUAGUCACCGAAAUCGGAUUUUACGCAAGUUAACUUGCGUAGGUAGAAGUACGUUAGUAUACAACCGACACGAUAUCGGUCCGAUAAAUAUGUCGGUCCGACCUAAUGUACACGGCCUUACUCUUGCAACAGCUGAAUUUUAAUACAUUACCAUCGAUGUAAAUAAAUUUUGUUUAGUAAUUCGUCGUGCCCCGAUCUUUUUGACGGGCUUUAACAAAUUUUCACCGUGUUAUAGUUGGAGCACACCUAUCGCCGCGGUACCUGUCAGCACUUCAUCGCUUUCAAAUGAAAACGAACUUAAGGUAUAUAACAAUUAAGACUAUAAUAUACUAAACAGCUGCUACGUGAACUAUUUUAAGGCAAUAUGCUGCUCAGGCGAUUAGUGUGUGCCAACAUUCAACGGGAUAAUUAACGAAAUAAAAUCUGUUGUGGAAGACGAUACUUUAUGAGAUAUAGUAAUGCUAAAUGUAAUUUUAGUAGAUACUAAAGCUUGAUUUCGUCAUUGUUUCAACGUUUUUAGGCGUUGUAUACGCUGGGGAGGGGACGGGUGUUUGAACUCUUGGAAAAUUACGAAAGAUAUAGCAGCUUAUAUUGAUUGGCAAGACGAGCUACAUAGAUGUUAGUUCAUCAUAAAUUACAUCGUAUAUCAUUUUAAUAACUAUUGAAUCUUUAAUGGGUGGAAAGGUUAAUAUAUUGAAAGAGGUUUCAAAGUUUUAUGGUGUGAUUAUAGAGAUACUAAGCGAGAAAUACUCAAAGAACUCAAAUUCCCGUCACACCGCCAGCACACGCAUGAGUGUAUGUAAUCUUUCCCGCUGAUGUCUGUAAUAGUCUAAGAGCCCGUGAACCCCAGACCUUCGUUAUUUUAUAAAAGCUGAAAGUUUGUCAGCGCAUGCUCCCAACACAGGUAACAACGAUGGGCCAUUACGAACUUGGGCUACAGUGGCUUUGGCGGUACUAAAGGUGUGUAAAAGGUGUGUGUAUCAAAAACGUCUAGCUAACGAAGAAACAUUAUUUACUUAUUACCCAAGUAAUAUAUAUAAAAAUCAGCUUUUAUACUAUAACGUAAAUAAAAUUAUAAUUACAUGAACAUUAAGGGUGUCUGGCAAGGGAUUGCCACUAUGUUAAGUGUCUGUCAACGAAUAACGUGAUUUUUAAUAAUUUUCUGAAGGUAAUACCAAAAAAUCUCACUUUAUUAUUUGAUGAAACUAGAUCGGUAUUUUACUCACCUUUAGUACCGUGUACCUGCCAGAGCCACUGUAGCCCAAACUUCAUAAUGGCCCAUCGUUGUUACCUGUAUUGGGAGCAUGCGCUGACAAACUUUCAGCUUUUAUGAAAUAACGAAGGUCUGGGGUUCACGGGCUCUUGCUCUAUAAGUGUAACAUAGUGCCAGUAUUUACUUAAAGUACACGUUCGACUUUUCACGAACUACGCUUAUUUUUAUCUGCGUAUAAAAACUAUAUAGUGCCUCUUGUCCACUUUUAUAAAUAUUGAUAUGACACUAACAUAGGUACUGGUAGAUAUAGUGAUGCGUUUGUAUUUAAUGCACCUUUUAGUUGAAUAUGUUGUUUUGCUAACGAGGCCGGUGGUAGACGUGUAGUGCCAAAGGUGACUGAGAGGGAUAAAAAUCUUCCUUACUGGUACCAUGAUAGAGUAUACUUUCCCUUAUUUAAACGUAAGUAAAUUAUUUACAAGAUUACACUAUCCAGUUGCAUUUAUUUAGCUUGGUUACGGUUACCUGUGCCAUGUAAAACCACAUGUUACAUUUAAUUAAUUAAAAAUAAAAUUAUUAUGCUAAAUUCAAGUACGAUUAAAACAGAAUAAAAUUACAUUUAAGACACGAAACAAAAUACAGUAAUGUUCGAAUUUAAAACCAUCGAAAGAUAUAUUUAUUGACGUGUGAAAAAUAAUUUAAUUAUAUUUUUGUCAUAAAUUAUAUUGUUACGGUUCGAUAGUUUUAUUUUUACAUUAAUUAAAUUAUAUUUUAAUUAGGCGAUUGUUGUGUUUAAAUUGAGAUAUGUUAGGGAAACUAUGUUGUAAAAAUGAUUUUCUGUUUGAUUUUGUCGGAAUUCUUAGUACCUCGUAAGACUAAUUUCGAAGGAAUCCGCCAUGUCGGCUUGGCUGUAUUAUAGCGUAGAAAUCGAAGAUAACGAAUGGCCUAAGAUGGCAUACGAGGACGUAACAUUGGAUGGCCUAGCAUUGUCGCAUUGUUGUUUUAAAUUCGAAGUUAUCUUUUUAAAUUCUAAUAACGAACAUGUUUCGGGUAAGUUAUCCAAAUAUAUAUAUUAGUGCUAUGAUUGCAUUACUGUAUGUUUGCAACGUUUGUGUUUAAUUAUUAAAAUAAACGCUUGUAAAUAAA